AUGGGCUUCGCGUUGAAGAAGCCCGCUGAUGCCGUGGGUUCAGCAACCCCGGCCAUCCUCAUUGGUCUUUUUGUGGCCUUUGGUGGUGUUCUUUUUGGAUACGACACGGGUACCAUCAGUGGUAUUCUCGCCAUGAAGAAGUGGCGGGAGAUGUUCUCGACGGGAUACACCAACCCUAAGGACCACCUUCCCGACAUCACUGCCUCUCAAUCCUCCAUGAUCGUCUCCCUGCUCUCCGCCGGCACCUUUUUCGGUGCCCUCUUUGCUGCUUAUAUUGCCGACAAGUUCGGUCGUCGCCUGGCGAUGAUCAUGAACACCUUUGUCUUCUGCUUCGGUGUCAUUCUGCAAGUCGCUGCGACUUCGAUCCCCCUGUUCGUGGCCGGCCGUUUCUUCGCUGGUCUCGGUGUCGGUCUUCUCUCUGCUACCAUUCCUCUCUAUCAGUCUGAGACCGCUCCCAAAUGGAUCCGUGGUGUCAUUGUCGGUGCUUACCAGCUGGCCAUUACUCUGGGUCUGCUGCUCGCGGCCAUUGUCAACAAUGCCACCAAGGACCGCACCGACACGGGCUGCUAUCGUAUCCCCGUUGCUGUGCAAUUUGCCUGGGCCAUCAUCUUGGUCGUCGGUAUGAUCAUCCUGCCCGAAACCCCCCGCUUCCUUAUCAAGAAGGACCGCUAUGAGGAUGCCACCAAGGCUCUUGCUCGUCUCCGUCGUCUCGACGUCAACGACCCUUCCAUCAUUGAGGAACUCGCCGAGGUGCAGGCCAACCACGAGUAUGAGCUCAGCCUGGGCAAGGCCAGCUACCUCGAGAUCGUGCGUGGCUCCAUCGGUAAGCGUCUGGCGACUGGUUGCGGUAUUCAGGCUCUCCAGCAGCUCGCCGGUGUCAACUUCAUCUUCUACUACGGGACCACUUUCUUCCAGAACUCGGGGAUCCAGAACUCCUUCAUCAUCACCCUUAUCACCAACAUCAUCAACGUCAUCUCCACCUUCCCCGGUCUCUACAUGGUCGAGAAGUGGGGUCGUCGUCCUCUGCUCAUGUUCGGUGCCGUCGGCAUGUGUGUCUGCCAGCUGAUUGUCGCCAUCGUCGGCACCGCCACCUCUUCCGAUGUCUCCAACAAGGUCCUCAUCGCCUUUGUCUGCAUCUACAUCUUCUUCUUCGCCUCCUCCUGGGGUCCCGUCGCCUGGGUCGUCACCGGCGAGCUGUUCCCGCUCAAGGCCCGCGCCAAGUGUCUCUCCAUCACCACCGCCACCAACUGGCUCCUCAACUGGGCCAUUGCCUACGCCACCCCGUACAUGGUCAACGAGGGACCGGGCAACGCCAACCUGCAAUCCAAGGUCUUCUUCAUCUGGGGUGGCUUCUGCUGCAUCUGCGCCGUCUUCGUCUACACCUGCAUCUACGAGACCAAGGGUCUCUCCCUCGAGCAGGUCGACGAGCUCUACGCCAAGGUGCCCCGUGCCUGGCAGUCGGUCGGCUGGGUGCCUUCCGUCCACUUCACCGACGUCCGUGAUGUCGCCGGUGACAGCAAGGAUGCCGCCAACCUGGCCGAUCUGGAGACUUCAGCCAAUGAGAAGCGCGAUGGCGAGCAUGCUACCCACUACGAGGGUGUUACUGCCAAGGCGGAUGUUUGA